CAAUGUUUUAACAGCGUUGUUAAAUUAAGUCGGUUCAAAAUGGAUAUUUCAAGGGCGAAUAGUCGUUUAUCUGUGAUAGUCUUUAUCAUUAUUGCUUUCUCAUUGAAUACAUCUUCACAGCAUCUUUACAGCGAGGAGGAAUCAGAAGAGAUUGCCAACAAAUGUACGGUUUACGGGAGCGACUUUAAACGGUCAUCGAUGGAAACGGAUCAAGAGGAAUUUAACUCCAAAGGUAUUGUUAGGGUACCACUGCUUCUUAACUUACAUCGAUAAAAUUAUGCCACAAUAGAUCUCUGAAAUCUCGCUUUAAACUCAAAGUUUCCCUAACAGUGAAUUUUAAAAAUUAGAAACAACUCUCUACCUGUGGCGGCUAGCUUAGAUGGAAACUUCCCGCCGAUCACUCAACCAUUAUUGUUUUGAUGAAAGUAAACGGUAGGUAAUUCUUAAUUCUGACUGAAUUUAUACUCGACGUUUAUAUACAGACCCACUGAGAUAAUGAAACAGUCAGCCUCUGUUACCUCGGACACGCUUGGGUGCCCGUGCUAUUGAGGUGUACGUAAUAUGAGCUUAAAUAUAGCGAUGUGUCCAAAGGCAAGAGCUGUACAGGCUGAAGACCCCGCUAAAAAGAAUGACCCCAGUUGAAGGACUUUCAUUUCCAGUGAGACAGACCUCAAAUUCGUUGUCGCUGCUGGAAAUAUCUGUAAAUCAUAAGUUAUGUGCACACGAAAAUGGUUUCGGCACCAUUUCAGUCCUAUACCAAUUGCACAACACCGAACGUGAGCGCAGUUUCCGCCGACAAAGAUACUUGCUAGGAAAACAACACAAAGUAAAUGCAAUACUUCAAAAAGCAAGCUAAACGCACACGUCGUCAACUAAACAAGAAAAUAAACAAUAAAGCACGCGCCAUAAUAAAAGUACAAGCGCCAAAAGCGCACAUACAUGCACAAUUACAUCAACCCAAAGGAAUGGGCCGUGUUUGCUGGGAUGCCAUUGCAUUGUCAAUUGUGAGGAACAUUUCUUUCGGAAUGCAAAGUCAUCUCUCUCCCUGAUCGUAGAUGCUAUUAUUAUAUGGAGGAGAGUGUUUUACUGCGAACUAAACCACUCGUGGAUUCCAUACGCCACUUCAUCCGGGACCCGAGUGGUGUAUUUUCCGUAUGUCACCUUUGUGAGUGUCGUAUCGUUCAAUGACGUCACGAUUCCCGCCUUUUGCUUUUGUUGAAUUGGUUUCUCCGUAUAAUAAAAAGAACAUUACACGUUAGCUCGAAGAUAUGAAUUUUAUGUUCUCGUGGCAAGAACAUUGAUAUUGUUCUUGCCACUCGAACAUAAAAUUCAUAUCUUCUCGCCACCGUGUAAUAUCCUCUAUAUAUGGAAAGGUGAGUUAUUAUCACCAAGCUUGAAUCUUGCAUCGAUAUUGCACUCGUGCACUUUCAGUUGAUGAUGUGCAACUGUCCAUAAGUUCCAAUUCCGACGGGUAAAUGGCCCUGAUGUAAUUUCCAAACAAAUCCUUAUUGCUAACGCUGAAUAAUGUAAGCCGUCGAUAUGCCGAAAAGUGUCGCUAAACUGGAUGGCUUUUGUCUGUUUUGACAUACUUAAGUUUCAAAUCAUGGUUCAGAUGGCCUAGGCAUCAAGUCGUAAUCGCCCGGGGGGGAACUCCGCUUAUGAAAGGUGUGGGGAUGCUAGUCGGAAAUUUUGAAUUAAACCCCUAAAGGAUACCGAUCUGGGCGUGGCCCAAGAUUUUUUUGACCCCUACAAGAUACCUUGUUAAAACACAGACAAAUGAAAAAUACAGUGACUUUUAAUGAUGGCAGAGGCAUUAUCGUCGAAUACUUUUACCCAUAAGUAGUUUCUAAAAGCAUCGUCAUCAAUCUUAUGACGAUUCAUAUUGCAUCUUUGGCACAAGAAUCAAAUAUCAAGCUUGUGAAUAUUUUUAGCCGUGAUCAAAUAAUCGUUUUGUGUCAGCAGCCAAGUUUCCUAUCAAACUCUUCUAAAACAAUGGCGGACAAAGACGUCUUCUUUACGUAUGAUGUUAUAGAAAACUUGGAUUAUAUGGACGGAGUAAAUAAAACGAUUUAAAAAUAUACAUAUCAAAUACAUAUUUUUAUAUUUUUUCGCGUGUAACCCUAAACGAGUCACUGUAAUUCGCCUAUGCAUGAAACCACCGCACGUUCGAUCGUUGCACUUAAUUCGCCUAAACCGGUUUCUGAAUCAGGAGAUCAGAUCCAGAAGCGUUUUUGAUGCAGUUACAGGUAGAUGUGUUGACCAAGUUAUCAAUGGAGCUUUUGACCCUAAAUUCAACUUUCAACGGGAGGAGAGGUUUCAUCAAAUUUUCAUGGUCACAACAGAACUAACACGCAGCUGUUUGACAAUAGACAGUCAUUUCAAGAAGCCACGUCAUCUAGCGUGAAUUUCGAAAGAGAUUUAAUUGGAUAGUAAAAGUUUUGCGAGAUUGCAUUUUAUCAUAGAUAAUUUUUAUGAUUACACGAGCACUUUAGUCGAUUUGUUAAUAGAUCGAGGUUACGACACUGAUUUGCACUAUAUGAAAUCAUGCUAUCUUACAAGAAAAUGGCCUCAGAGGAAACUAACGCUUGUCCUGGUUCAGUUGGUGAUUUGAUAGUUUUCCCAAGACCCUUCUACGACCACUAUGCAGUCCGUGGAGAAAAUGGAGACAUCUUCCACGUAACGUCUACUAGAGGACUGAAUACCUCUGACAGUCCAUGGAAUUAUAACAGUGCAUUUUAUUCCACCACAAAUCCCAGCAUGGCAGUCAUAAAGAAGGAAAAAUGCAACGCUUUCAUCAAAGAAUUUGAUAAACCGUAUGUAGAAAAACAUUGUAGCCUUCCGAUUUCGGAAAUUGUAGACAGAGCUAAUUCCAGAGUUGGUGGAGAAGGAUAUAAUUUGCUUACCAAUAAUUGUGAACAUUUUGCUCGCUGGAGUUGUGAUGGAGAAUGGAAGAGCAAACAAGCUGAUGCAUUGAUACCUCGUCUUUUUAUGGCUGUAUCAUUAUUUAUGUCUUCGAUCUUAUUUAUAAUUUUUGUAAGGAUGUUUAGAAGAGAAGAAAGAAGAGAAGAAAGAACAUGAUUGCUGUAGAACACCAUGUACAAGAACUGAAGCAGUUACUAAGGACCAGAUAUUUGCUGUUUAAUCGAUGUUUUUUAUGUUUUUGUUUUAAUUCUUUUUUUUUUCACACCUUCCUUUUCUAUAGUAUAUUGUGUAUCGUUUCUGUACGUCGAAACAUCAUGUUUCUAUAAGGUUAAUUUUUAAUCUUUACGUGUUAAUUUGAAUCGCAGAUCACAUCCAUUUGACAAGUCAGUUUAAUUAUUUAGUAGGUCCAGUUAAUACUUUAAUGUGUAUAUGUGUCUUUCUUCCCGAUAACUGUUGAUAAACAAGGAGAUAUCCAGGUCAUUAACGCAUGAAAGAAUCAAUUUACACUUCUUUAACCCUACAAAACAGGUCAUUUCGGAGUUGCCCCAAGACUCUGUUUCAAAGCGAGGCUUAGUGCUAAGCCAUUGACAUGGAAAUGCUUUUUUAUUCUCAUGCGAAUAAAACACAUUUUCACGGAAAGGUUUUGCACUUAGCCUCGUUUUGAAAGUGAUAGUUUUUCGAACUAAGAAAUGGCAUAUUCUGAAAAUAAAAAAUGCUAUCUGCUGAUAGUAAGCGAGCUUCUUUAGUCCUUAAAUGAACUUGGUAGUGUUUAAAUUUGUUUAGCAAUGUGGAUCUUUGACUAAAAUUACUAAAGAGAAACUUCCCAAAACUGUUUUUACGUUGUCUUUCUUCUUCUCUUUCUUCUCUGGCCUUGUCUUUCUCUUUCUUCUAAUGUGGGAGUAAAUAAUUUGUCACUGAUCUAUAUGCUUGCCUUUGAAGAGAAGGUCUCAGGCGGAAUUUAUAACCUCCUAGGUAUUCAUGGUUAAAUAUUGUGUCAAAUUUAUCGUUCAUUAUUUUAACGCUUGCAGUCUUUCCCAUCUUGCCUUCCUAUUCUUCCUGAUAAAUAGUUCUUGUUGUUGGGUUUUUAACAGGUAAUAAUUUCCCUUUAAUUGACUUCUCUUGCAUAAGCCCAACUAGAACUCCUUCCUCGCUAAACUGAUAAAACACCACUUCGAAAAUAUAAGACAACCCUCCCCCAUAAAGCCCAUAAUUUGAAAAACCCCCUAUUUAAAAUAUAAACGUAACUCCCCCAGAUUUACACGUGGAAAGAUCAUCUUUGCUAUUAUUGGACGCCAAAUGUAUUUUUAGUAUUUAGAGUGGUUAUUCGUAUCUAACCAAAACAAAGGUAGUAUUUACAAAUAACCACAUUACAGUUACCAAAAUAUAAACUUGAUUAUUUACAAAUAACCAAAACUGAAAUUUGGUUAUCUAGCAAAUAACCCAAAUUAAAAAGUAGUUAUUUCUAAAUAACCAAAAUGCAAAGCUUUUGAAAUAACCAAAAUGUGAGAUUGGUUUUUUAUACAUGACCAGAAUGGAAAGUUGGUCAUCUAUCAAUGCACAAUUGGUUAUUUAGUAAACAACCGAAAUGAACAAUAUUUAUUUAUUUAAAAUAAAAAAAAAAUUGCAAAAAAUGGUUAUUUACCUAAUUUGGUCUUAACAAGUGACCACGUGUCCCAUUUUCCCGCUCAUUUCCCAUAAUGACCUGCAGACUUCAAUUUCCACAUGGCUUCUUCCAACGAUGACACUUAACAAUUACUCCAACGGUGCGCGUUUUAUAAAAGCUUAGUCGGAAUAUCAUAAGCUGUCUGAUACUUCCUUACAAUAAUUUUUAUCUUUCAGCUUGCGGUGCAGUCGUGAAAUGCCACCCGAACGAAAUGUCCAUCUUUCUUUCCAAGUCCUUACUUUUGGGCGUCAAUCGACAGAACCUUCGACUCCUGGACUCUAAUUGCACAGCGAAAGAUAACGGCACGCACUUUUUUCUAACAACGACGUUGAUUGGCUGUAGCACCUCGAGCACACACACAAAUGACAGUGUAGUAUACAGCAAUAUGGUUCGGCAAGUGUUUUCACCGACAACAAUUAUCACGCGAGCACCAGAAGUUAAGAUCUCCUUCAGUUGCCAUUAUUCCAAACAUGGUAUCGUAUCUACUGGUGCUCUAACAAGGAGGAAGGGAGCGAAAAUGGGACUGAGAGAUGCUGCUGGUCAAGAUUUCGCAUCAGUUGAAAACAUCUGUAGGAAUGAACGGUAAGAUAUGUCCCAUUACAUGAGUCCAUCAUAUCAAGUCUGUUUAAGGAUGGGACUAGGGACUCUAUUCAUGAGACUCUACCGGCUAUAAGUCAUGAGCCCUUUUGUCUAGUACUUGUAUGAGGAAGUAAUGGCUUAAACCACAGUUCCUGAAUCCGUCACUUCGGUGGGAGACUCCCGCACGGCUUCAAACUAUCGGAGAAGGAGAUCUUUCCUAGACUGAUGAGUUGGUCCUCGUUGAGUGACAUCUAAGAAAGGCGUUUGAAAAGAGGUCACUCAGUUAGUAGCCUGCGAAAACAUUCGUUUCUCCACGCUCUUCGCCGCUGGGGACGUUUCGCGCGGAGGAACGUCUGCGACUCAGCGACAGAAAUUCCAUACUGAUGACGUAAAAUAUGUCCAGAAUCCGGUCAGAAGCCCUGAUUGGUCGACGGAGUGAUAUUAGCUAUUGUUUACGAAUGACAGACAAAAGACAACAGGUCACAAAGGUCAAAUGUAAACGCGAUGAAUCUCUAACAAAACAGUCAAUAUUUGUGGAAUGUAGUCUUCUCUAGAACAAACAUUUGAGUUUUGCUGGAGCUCGUUCGCAGAUGAACACAGCCCUUCACCAAAAUCGACCAGGAGAAACCUAAAAUUGAAUAAAUUUACAUUUGAAACCCCAUGACCACCGGAUUUAUUGAGUAAAGAUUGAUUUGCGUCAUCAGUAUGGAAUUUCUGUCGCUGAGUCGCAGACGUUCCUCCGCGCGAAACGUCCCCAGCGGAGAAGAGCGAGGAGAAACGGAUGUUUUCGCAGGCUACUCAGUUAGUGUCCCACUUCAGUUAAGAGAUGGCCACUUAAAAAGAGAGUUAAAGAAUGGAAGGGUCGAAGUAAAGAUGUCAUAUUACAUAAGGCCUAGCAUCCUGAUCUUUAGGGGCUCAAACUAUCAUUUCAUAGGAUAAACUCUACACCUGAAAUAUAAUGAACAUUUUACCCAGAUUAAAUAUCGUCUGUUCCACAUACUUUUCCUUCCGUUUUAUUUUUCCAGGCUUUUCUUCUAUUCCGGUAAUCCUACCAGCCCAGCAACACGGAAAAGUCACACAACCGUUAAAAAAGAAGAAAGAACCGAAGAUAGAGAGAGUGCUCCUUAGUGUCAACUGAAUUUUUCUUGAUACAGUAACGUAAAGGCAGUAUUAUCGACGCACCGCGACCUACGGGCGAUUGAACAAUCGCUGCACCCACAUGCAGUUGUGACAGUAAACUUGAAACUUGAAAAAUACAGCGGACGAAGCCAGAACGGCUCGGUAUCCAGGGAUACAAUAUUUUCAAAAAGAAAUGACUCUAAUUAAGUUGGUUGGUUGAAUGGACUUUACUGUUGGGAAAAUACAGUAGCGACAGCAACUUUGGAACGAGGCACGAUGCUGUUGAAGGUCCCUAGUAGGUUUUUCGGGAUGCGCGAUUUGCCCUAUUUAGAGGCCGGGAUUCGGGAUUUUAAAGCAAUAUGGGGGCAAGAUUCGGGACUGAAAGCAGUGCGGGAUGAGUGAUGCCAAAAAUAACCCUCGGGAUUACGGGAUUAAGCGAAAUUUGGGUCGGGAUUACGGGAUUGAAGAACCCUUUUGGGGACUCUCGCUGUUAUGUUGAAAGGAGCUGUGUUACAAAAUUCAAACAGUAAAAGCCGUCAUAUUAAGUAAAACAUAAAAAUAAGGAAAGUACAAGAGUAAGUACAAGGAGACACGGAUGGACAAACCUGAAGAAGAUUAAAACGGAUUGCAAAUUUCCGUUUUUGAAAACUUGUCAGCCUAGUAGUGUUUUAAAGUCAAUUUCAUUCUUGGUGUUUGUAUCGUUUGGUAUAACGCUUUCGAAGAGAUAUUUGUUU